UAGAAUUUUCUCUAUAUAUAGUAAACAAUGUGAUUCCAUGCAAAAAUUGGAAUAUAUAUAGGUUUUGUUGGUCUGCUUUGCAAUCGCUACUGCCAGCUAUGCAUCAAUGGCGAUUCUGGGAUACCUUAUGUUUGGUUCUCACACGCUUUCCCAAGUAACGCUUAACCUGCCGACAGAGAAUCUAAGCUCCAAGAUUGCAAUUUACACAACAAUGGUGAAUCCCAUAGCAAAGUAUGCUCUGCUGGUGAUUCCCAUAGUGAAGGCCAUAGAGAGAUCUGUUGAUGAAGAUGGUGAUUAUUGCUCAAAAAAGAGAUUAUUACUAAUUACCAUGCAGCGGGUAUUAGUAAGAACUAGUGUGGUAAUUAGCACUGUGAUUGUGGCAAUAGCUGUUCCUUUUUUUGGAUACUUAAUGGCACUUGUGGGCGCUUUGAUGAACAUGACUGUUUCAAUCAUCAUGCCUUGUUUGUGCUUCUUGAAGAUUUGCAGGAUUUAUGGAAGACUGAGAUUUGGUGAGGUUAUUGUUAUAUGUUGGAUUGUUGUUAUAGGGGUAGGGAUCAUGAUUGUAGGUACUUACACCGCAAUCAUGCAAAUAAUUACCCAUUUCUAAUUAACUGAUAUAUAAUAAAUCCAGAUGUGUGUUGUGUGCUAUUUGUGUAUGCUUUAUUGCUUCACUCCUUUCGCGCCGCUGAAAUUGUCACGUCUUUCUUUUAUGGAUGGUCAGUCUCACUAAGAUUGUUUAAUAUCAAAUUUGAUAAAU